UCAACUGACGAAACUUUAAUAGACUUUCGCCUCUCUGCGAAUGCUCCUUUCCUCUCUUUCGCACUACAAAUUGCUUUCCCCGUUUUAAAUGCAGAGGGAUAAUAUUAGGAAAUAUUUAAAGGUACAUGUGCAAGUCGAGAUAUGCUCCGACAAUACGAACUAGUAGUUUCGUCGAAUUAAUCUGAUAAAUGAUAGUACUCGCGUCCGGGGAUGAUGCGUCAAUCAGGCGGCGCGUUUCAUCAUCCAUCCCCACCAUGGAUCUCCGCGUGCGUGUGCUCCGCCAGUUUUCUCCGUCCUUCCUGGUUGUGCCACUCUGUCUCUCUUCCUUCUUCUUCUUUUGACGCGCGCCUGGUCUAGUUAACCGAACGUCAGCCGGUUAGCAGUCAACCAGUGGUCUCCGUCGAAGAUCGACGCGGAAUUCCUCCUUUCCUCGAAGCCCUCCAAAUGUCUCGGAAAUCACGCUCGUGCAUUCAAAAUCCUAAAAAGAAUUCCGGAUCAAUUUUUUGGGAACCGACGUUCCGCGCUCGACCGAUCAAUUGAUCGCAGAAUUAAAUCGGAAGAUCAGGAGAUCAGCCCGCAUCAUGAUAGAGUGACGAUCAUGAAACCAGCAGUUGCAAUGACCACUAAGCGGCAGCCGCCUUCUCGCUCGCAAUACUAUAAAGCUCGACGACUAACGUCACCAAGUCAUUCGCGCAAAUUGACAAAUUGGAAUUAUUGGGAGUUGUUUGCAAGAGAUUCAAAGAUAUAACGAGCUCAUCAACAUCGACGUCAGUCCGAUGAUGAUCGAAGAUUGACGCGACCGUCGUCGAGGAGACCUGUAGCCACGGCCACGUGGAUUACGGAGCCGGCGAUCGAUAAAGAACUGUGACAUCCAACAUAUCCGCAAUAGAAUUGGAGGAGGUAACUUCGAGCAGAUCAAAAUCUGAAAAUUAUCAAAUUUCCAAUUUGUGAACAUACGUAAUCGUGCACGAGCGUAUUUUAAUCAGUUACAUAAUAAACAUUUAAUUUGCUAUAUAGUGAAACACGUUCACUCCGUAGACUUUGUGACCACAUUAUGAUCUGUGAUAAGAGAGAUCAACGUAAGUGAUUCCAUUUUCCGAGAAUGCGAUACUAAUGCUACUAAAAGUCGUCAUUCUUGACGAUUGAUGACGGCAUAGUUUAGUGGCAAAACCAUUAAUCUUCGAGCUCAGCGGUCAUUUAACGCUUUGGCGCGUCACUGCAAACAUAAAAGAACAGUUAUAAGAGGAAAAUUAAGAGACGGAGGUGAAAAGAAGGAAGAAGAAACAAAUAGAAAAAAGAUUGGAAAAUAGAAAAAAGAUUUGAGUUGAAUCUUUGAUUAUUACCUGACUACUUUCUUCGCAAAAGCGCAACGAUGGACAACAAACAUAAUAAUAUUGAUAAUGGAUUCUGGGUGUUUGGGUACGGGUCGCUCUGCUGGCACCCGGGGUUUUCGUAUGCAAAGAGCAUGACCGGUUAUGUGAAGGGCUUCAGUAGGCGAUUCUGGCAGGGCAACGCCACGCAUCGUGGAACGGUUGAAAAACCCGGACGAGUCGUUACGUUGAUCGAAGACAAAGAGGGCAUAGUCUACGGACGAGCGUUCCAAGUGCAGGACAGCGCGGCGUUGACCUAUCUGGAGAACCGUGAAUGCGCUUUGGGAGGAUACUUGACGACCAUCACCACGUUUCACAACCGGGCCGGGGUCAACCAAUUUCCUGUAGUAAUUUAUAUCGCCACCAACAAAAACGAGCAUUGGCUUGGCGAAGCGUCGUUGCAGACCAUAGCGCGCCAAAUCACCGAAUGUUCCGGCCCGAGCGGACAUAACGCUGAAUACCUCUUACGAUUGGCGGAGUUCAUGCACCGUUAUCUGCCAGAGGCGCACGACGAGCACCUCUUCACGCUGGAAAUACUGGUCCGCUCCCGAAUAAAAGAAGAAAACAUGUGCCUGGUAACGUUAAUGGGUAAUCGCGACUUCGUUAUCGAUCUCAACGAGGAAUCGGAAGCGGAAAUUCACGCGGAAGCUAACGAACGACGCCGCGGUGACUCCUUCCAGUUCAGCGCGCGGAUUCCAUCGAAAACCCUGCGUUGCGUGAAGAUGUAGCCAAUUUUUCAUAGCCCAGUUAUAUUUUUAAUUAUAUUUCUCAAUUCCGAUCGAAGAUCCGUAUGAUAGCUAAACACAUGGACGUCUGCAGGAUCUUUGUUUAGGGAGGGGCGUGAUUUAAAAUGUUACUUCUAGAAUUAAAAUACUUAUAAUUUAAAAUUUAUACAUCUUUUUUGGUAGUAAAAGCUUUCUCACCGCGACAAGGUAGAUGCUGUGCGUGUGUAAUCUUUUUUCUUUAUUUCAAAGAAGAAGAAAUGGUUAAUUUUAAUUGUUUGCUAAUUCCAGGGGGGAAGCAAAUGCUCGAUUUUGUCCCUCCCCCCCUGCGGACGCCCAUGACUAAACACAGUAAUGGAAGAAACGGCAGCUAAUUUUCUUAUGAAAUAUAUCACAACAAUGAACGCAUGUGUUCAUGUACGAACUGUUACGAUAAGGAUAUAAACUAACAGCGAAAUUUCAUAAGACAGCUUUGAGGUAGGAAAAAAAAACUUUUGGUCUUUGAAACAUUCGACGUGCAGUUAUAGGUAUGUUUUUCGAUUUCGAAGAUACGUAUGACUAUUUUUAUUUAUUUACAUCAUAAUUUCGACGUAAUAUGUAUAAGCUAGCUAGAUAAUAUAAAUAAUACCUAUAGUGACAAAUAAUAGCUAUUAUCCAAUUGACGAGGAAACGAAAAACAUAGACUGCGUGCGUCGAUUUUGUUAACCUUCCGGUACUUGCAAUAUCCAAUAGAUACAUGUAAGAUACUAAUACUUUUCAAUUUAUUCUUCACUUUUGUUUUACACUUUAGUGUCUGGUCUAUUAGCCGAGUAAUGAAAGUAAAAAAUAUUUCAAGAAGUAGAGGAAAAUAAAAGGAGAAUUAGUAUAUCUGUGAGAUACAGUGCGACCAUUCAUGGGAGAAAAAUAUUGCGACUACCGAAAAGUUAAUAAACAAAAGUACAAAAAUGCGAUUCAUAUAUAUUAUAUAAGUUUCAGUCUUAUAUUUAAACAGUAAUGAGUUGCAAAUCUCUUUAGGAAUGUAAUCUUGCUGCUAGUGUACGUCUUCCCUAGAGGCUACUCUAUCAUACGUGUUUACGAAACGGCUGUGUUAAUUUUGUAUCGUGGAACGUGCUGGACACGUGCACGCCUAGACUGGACUUUGCUUCUUCCUAUUCUACAAUGUCGACUAUUCUGAACGUAUUAUAUUUUUUAUACGUAUUAUAUUUAUACGUAUUAUUUUUAAUGUGGAUCCUAGUGGAUUCUAAUUUUUCCUAUAGUGCGAACAUCACAGUAAUUUAUACAUUAUCAUCACUUUUAUUUUAAUCCAGAAUUUAGAGAAUUUUAAUCAUUCGUAGUACAAUUUUAGUAACAAUUACUGACAACUGGCAGUCUAAGGAAAGUGUUAUAUGAAUGUUUAUUUGUAAUAUAAUAUUUAUACUGUAUAUGUAUAUAUUUUUUCUAAAAUUUUCUAACACUGCCAAGAUACAUAAUUCGCGCAAAACUAGUAAAAAAUAAUUCAUUCAACUAAUUAUACAUCCAUGUUUAGCACAUUAUAUAUACACGUAAUAAAAUUUUUUUAAAUGAAA